ACAGCUCUCAGUUCUGGUGGAUUGGAACCACGACCGAGGCAUACAGCAUUUGCUUUGGGAAAGCUCCUCAACAUUUCUGUUGGUGCAGGUGAUACCAGUAGUCUCAUCGAUGCAUUGAGAAAAACUCCGAUAGAUGCACUUGUGGCAGCUGCAGUUCAGGUUUCAGAUUCUGUCUCUUUCGGAUUUAUUGGGCAGCUAGUAUGGACACCUGUUGUGGAAAAUGUAGUAGAUGACCAAGCUUUCGUCACGACUCCCAUGCAUCAAGAUUUCAUCGAUGGAAAUUUCAAUCAUGUACCUAGUAUGAUCGGAUUCAAUUCUGAGGAAUCAAUAGCUUUUUUGCCACCAGAAGAAACGGUGGUUCGACUCGCUGCACUGAAUGAUGCUGAUCCCAGUUUGCUUGUACAAGAUUCAAUGAAUGUGGAGAAUAAAACUCAAGUAGGAAUCGAGCUCAAAGGCUUGUAUACGUCAAAGCCUUUCUCGGAAGAUCUGGAAGCAUUUGUGAAGUUCACGAGUGAUGUAGUUUUCAUCCGAUCUUCCGUUCGUCAGGCAGAGCUCUCAUCC